AUGUCAGCAACUACAGCAAUUGAAUCUUCAGCGAUAGCCGCCAAGCGUCGCCUAAGGCGCAUACCUGACGAAUCUCGUAAAAGAAACGCUCAGAGCUGUGACCGUUGUCGCAAGCGACGAUGUUGCAUUAACUGCGUCGAACAUAACGUCACCUGCUCGUACACGGCGCCGCGGAAGACACGCUUCUAUGGAAGUGUCGAUGAUUUAAGCGAUAGGUGCCAGCUGACCCAUUGUUUAAGCUACACCCACGUUAACCCUCUUGUCAAGGGUGCAUUCCCAAAUGAAGCCCUCGAUACCGUCAAUGACCUUGCGCAAUUAGGUCAGCGAAUGGGCUAUAAAAUGCCCAAUAUCUCUGACCCUAAUCGCAAGUUGAUUAAAGUUGAAGAAUUGGUUUCAAGUCCUCCCAACAGUACACAAACGCCACCGACAGGACCAGAGAUUAUUACUACAGAAGACCAGGCUGCUGCACCUGGUAAAUCCCAAAGCGACGAGCCUCAGUCAUCACUGGUCAAAGAUAACUCUGGUCAUCAACACUACAUUGGUCCUUCAGGGACACUUAAUUUCUGGAAUCAGUUGCGAAAUCUGGUUGAUUCGAAUGAUAGCCAGGCUAAUCAAGGUCGUCAGGGAGUUACCAAGUUCACUCAGGAUAACACGAGUCGACUCCUCGAGGCCGACGAACCGGAUGACGAUGACCAACCGCAGUGCAAUGCUGCUUGGCCUCAAGACGGACCCUCGCCUGGAUCCAUGACGUCUGCUAUCGCGCGCGACUUUACACGUCUUCCCACCACUGACAUGGAAGAGAUUCUCGGCCAAUUCCCUGCAAACGAAGUGUUGGAAAGCCUCAUCCAGUCGUACUUCACUAAUGUCCACGAUGACUUCCCUCUCUUCCAUCGAGCAACAUUUGAAGAAGAAUAUGAGUUGUUUAUCGUCCAAGCUCGACGGGAUCCGCGUAUUCCAAAUUCAAGACCACUUCAACUACCCGACUGGGGCUGGAUUGGUUGUCUUCACAUGAUUGCCGUAUUUGGAUCUAUAUCGGAUAGGUCAAUCCCCAACGUUGACCAUUCUGCGCUACGGCGGAGAUCAGUUACGGUGGCCAGAACUCUGCUACCGCAAUUUAUCGCAAAGUGUUCUCUAAGCAAUGUUCGAGUCUUGUUACUACUGGCCCUCUUCCUACACAACAAUAACGAGAGAAAUGCCGCGUGGAAUAUAGCGGGCACAGCGACUCGCAUCUCUUUUGCCCUAGGUCUUCAUAGACUAGACAUGAGUUCUUCAUUCAGACCGCUCGAAAGAGAAGUCAGAAAAUGGGUAUUCUGCACACUGUACUCAUUUGAGCAAUUCCUCGCAUCAAGUCUCGGUCGACCUAGUGGCUUGCAAGAACUUGACGUCGAAGUCGUCCCGCCCAGAGAAGACUUUGUUGAAGGAGGUAUAGGAACUGAUGCCAGACUCGUAUCGUGGUCUGUGAAACUCCAGGCUAUUCUAGCACGAACAAGACUCCUACAUGGAGUAAACCGAAGCCCAGGACCGAAAUUGGAUGAGAUUAUGAACGCUUUAGAUGGCUGGAAAAGGGAUAUAGGGAAAGCACCAGGACUGGACGUUUCUUGGAUGAAGUUGGAAGGCAGGGCUCUACCAUCUCUAGACCAAGAUGGCGCUGUGGAUAUGGAGGAACUCAAGGUUUCGCUGGCUUGGAAGACACGUCCACAACUUCGCGCUGUCUUGCUGAUGCACAUUCAGUUUCACUACAUCGCUAUCGUUGCUACACGACCACUGCUCCUUCGCGACGUAGCAUCGAUGCGCAAGGCUGAUGCUGAAGCAUCCAAAACACCAGUACCUACACACGCUGCGUUGUGUGUCAAGCAUGCAUGCCAACUGAGCUACCUUAUGAUUCUUCUCGACCACUUUAACGUCCUCAACGGUCUUUCCGGAUUGGAUGUUUUCUACGCUUACUGUUCAGCUAUGAUUUUGAUCCUUCGACUACUCCGGCUACGUCCUGGCGAGCUAGUAGAAGGAGUCAAGCCGGACGAGGUAGCUCUACAGAGCAAGAUCCGGCGUAUAGUAGAAACCCUACGAAACGUCAUCAACCAUACCGAAAAGUGCGGCUCAAUGGCGCGACUGGCUCAGGUUGUCGAUACCUUCUCAGAGUGCGCUAAUAACCCGAAUGAUCCACCGACCAUGCCGAAUCUUCCUCCGCAAGGCAUAAACACGAACAGCAUGCCUUACCCUCCCGGAUGGCAAGCUCAACAAAUGCAGCCACAGGAUCCCCAAGGUCAAGGAAUGGGUUCUAUGGAUGGCCUUUUAAAUUUCUUACCCUUCCCGGGAUUUGCGCCUGUUGAGGGGUCGAUGGCACAGUUUUUACCGGGGAGCGACGUGGAAGCGGCUGGAUGGGCUGAAAUGGAGUUUCUAAUGGAGGGAUAUGGCGAGGCAAACAGAACGGGUUUUAUGGAUAGACAUGAAUAG